AUGGAAACAUAUAAUGAAAUUCUAGGGAUAAUAUACCUGCAAAUAACUGGAGUUGGAUUCCUAGGCAACUGUGUCCUUCUAUUCCUAACUGCUUUUUAUUACCACAUUACUCAUAGAACAAGACCUAAAAGCCAAAUUGUCAUUAGUUUGACUCUUUCCAAUAUCAUAUUGCUUCUCUUCAGGGGAAUACCCACUUUUACAAGGCUUUGGAAGGUAAAAUGUAUGCUGGACAACUUUGGGAUUAAAAUCACAACAUAUAUACAGGCAAUAAGUCGGGGCCUUUCCAUGGGUAGCAUCUGUCUUUUGAGUGUCUUCCAGGCCAUCACUAUCAGUCCUAACAAUUCCAUAUGGACACAAUUAAAAAUGAGAGCACCAAAAUGCGUUGUUCCAUGCAUUCUUCUUUGCUGGAUCUUCAAUCUGCUAUUAGCUAUGGUUGUACCAAUAUACCAUAUUGGAUCAAAGAACAACACGGACAUUAAAGAUGGAUGCAACACUGGGUAUAGAGCUAUGGAUGUGAAUAAUAAGAAUCAUAUAAAAGCUGCAAUCAUAGCAUGUGUACGUGAUGUUUUGUUUAUGAGUCUAAUGACCUGUUCAAGUGUCUAUAUGAUCUUAAUAUUAUACAGACACAAGAGGCAUGUCAGUCAUAUUCAUAAUAAUAGUCUUUCCAUAAAGAUAUUUCCUGAAACCAGAGCCACCCUAGCUAUCCUGUUUUUGGUAUGUACCUUUGUUUUGUUUAAUAUACUCAGUCCCUUUUUUUUCCUACAUAUGCUCUAUUUUAAAUACAAAAGUAAUUGGAUGAUACAUGUCUCAGCCAUUCUGUCUCUGUGGUAUCCAACAGUUGGCCCUUAUAUUCUGAUAACCAUUGAUAACCAGAUGCUCAAAACAUGUGUUCAUUGA